AGUCAGCGCGCAAACUUCUAAGCAAACAGUCGCCAGCGCGGGGCUCCUCGAAAACGCGGAAAACCUCGAAACAACCAGCGACAGCGACGCAAAUCGAGGCACACGCGGCGUAUGCGUAAUUACAGUACAUCAACAGCUGGCCAGUUGCCCACAGAGGAGCCACCACCUAUCCUUCGGUGACCCACUUCGGGUCCGGCUCUAAAGUUCAAUCCUCGUUUAAGUGCCUCCUUUGUGUGUCAAUAAACUCGCGUGCCCAGUGUCCACUCCCCAGUCCGCCUCCCAGGUCAACAGUGCCCACUCCCAGCUGCUCCAGUCCAGACUUGGUGGGCUGUUCUCCACACAGCCGAUCGCCACCCACGUCCACAGCCACAGACGCCUCCUGGCGACAUUUAUUGGCCUGCUGCUGCCGCUUUUUGUUUGUUUUGCGCCAACUUGCGUGACUCACCGGAGAGUCUCAAUCUGAGUCUGGGUCUGAGCCGGGUCUACACUUUGAGCCCAGCUUAGUCGCGUCAUCACCUUGGCCGGAGCCCACACACGAACCUCGCGGCAACUCGCAUCGAAUUCAACCGACUGGGAUCGAAUUGAAUAGUCUCAAUUUGGCGAUGGCGUCACAAGGUUCCGGAGAGAUGAAGACUUCACGGCUGGCGCAAAUGCAGAUGCGUUUUCAGCAGCGCACCCAGCAGGAGCAGGAGGUGCGUCGAAGGGAGCUGAUGGGCGCGAAGGCGGGUGUGGAGAACCUAACGACUGGAGCGCCCAGUGCGGCCACCACCAGGCUGAUCGGCAAUGGGAAAGUGCGCCAGAUGUUCGACGAGCGUCGCCGAGGAGCGGGCAUUGAUCGCAGCAAUCCUCUCAAGCCGAUCGGUACCCUCCCAUCGCCGCCCGCCCAAGCCAAAACCCGCUCCCAGCCGCCCAUGCAGCGGCUCAUCAAGGGCGUAUCCGACAUGAACCUGAGGGAUCCGCCCGUCGCCGCCCGGCGCAUUACCAGCGACAGCAAUAACAAUAAGUUUGCCACUACUCCCCGGACUACUGUGAAUCGGAACCUAAAGCCCGUGGUCACCCGGAAGACGCCGCCUGCCCAGGAGUCGACGCUCUCCCAAAGAUCCAUGCCCUCGCCCUCGCCGCAGCGCAGUCCCAAGGUUCCGACGUCAAAUAGGAUGGCCGGUGGCGCCUCCCCGCAAGUCGGUCGCCUUUCGCCGCCUGUGAUUCGCCGGUCGCCGCCUAAAUCCCCAGUUAAAAAGGGCAAUAUGGAGACCACGUCGGCGGCCCCAGAGGGCACCGCCUUAUGCCGGCACUGCGGACGCCACUUCAACACAGAUCGUCUGGGGAAGCACGAGGCGGUGUGCCAGCGCAUGAUGUCCCACAAGCGCAAGAUCUUCGACGCCUCCAAGCAGCGGGUCGAAGGCACCGAAGCCGAGAAGUACAACAAGAAGCCGAAGGGAACCCGCACACGAACCACGUACAGUAGUGCUGCCCAGCAGAAGGGCCUGACCACCGGGGUGAAGAAGAACAAUUGGCGCAAAAAGCACGAGGAGUUCAUCCAGUCGAUAAGGGCUGCCAAGCAGGUGCAAGCACACUUGGCCCGCGGUGGCAAGCUGAGCGACCUGCCUCCGCCGCCGCCUUCAGAGAAUCCUGACUACAUCCAGUGCCCGCACUGUGGACGUCGAUUCAACCAACAGGCCGCCGAAAGGCACAUCCCCAAGUGCGUCAACAUGAUGCACAACAAACCCCGGAAUGGUCCCCCGCCGAAGAGGCGUUGAAUGACGAUUGGGAAUCGGUAUUAGCUGAUCUCUGGUUGAUAACAGUGAACAUGCCCAUACUUUUACUUGUGAUAAAGAAGUUUGAUGAUUGAAACGAA